AUGGACUCCAUUGUAUGCACUGCACUGGAGGAAAUCUGCUGUCAGGGAAAUAAAGGGAUCCCUCUAGUUUCUCUCUGGUCACGGCUCUCUCCUCCUCCUCUAUCCCCUUCCGUCAAGGCUCAUGUCUGGAGAAAUCUGCUAUCGAUCCCUCAGCUCCAGUUCAAGGCGAAGAACACUGUGUACGGAUCGUCGGACGCUUCGAUUCAGCAGCUGGAAGAUGCUCAUACACUCGAUUUGAGGAUCGUCGCGAAUGAGAAGCUCCGAGGUAACUUCGUCGGCUUGUACGACGCUCAGUCCAAUAACACCACCAUCUCCGCAAUUCAGCGUCGCGUUCUCGAGCGCCUGGCCGUUGCGCGAGUCAAUGGCGUUGCACAGAAUCUGCUUGCUAAAGAGUUUGGUAUCGAAGGGAGGAACUUCUUUUAUAUAGUGAAGCAGCUUGAGUCUCGAGGUUUAAUCGUUAAGCAACCAGCAAUCGUGAGAAGAAAGGAAGUUGAUGGUGAAGGAGAUUCCAAAACCACCUCUUGCGUUAGCACCAACAUGAUAUACUUAAGCCGUUAUGCCAAGCCUUUGGGUUCCCAGCAGAGGUUUGAAAUUAGUAAAGAGGAGCAUGAGGAGCAUGAGGAUACUGCCGACGGAGAUGGUCAGGUUUCUGAGAGUACAAAAGAGGAUACGCUCAUUAAAGAUUUUCUACCAGCAAUGCAGGCAAUUUGUGAUAAGCUUGAAGAAGCUAACGAGAAGGUUCUAGUCGUCUCAGACAUUAAGAUAGACCUUGGUUAUGUGGGAUCACAUUCAAGGCACAGAGCUUGGAAAAGUGUUUGUCGCCGAUUGACAGAUUCUCAUGUAGCAGAGGAGUUUGAUGCUGUGGUGAACAAUAAGGUUGAACGAUGCCUCCGUUUGUUAAAAAGAUUUUCAGCGAAUGAUUUUAAAUACUCUGGGAAAAAACAAUUCCUGAAAUUCGGAAGGAGUAUUCAGAAAACGGAGCAAACUUUGGAGCUUGCAGUAGAUAAUCAAAUUUAUGAUAUGGUUGAUGCUGAAGGAUCUAAAGGCUUGGCUGUGAUGGAGGUAUGCGAAAGACUUGGAAUUGAUAAGAAGAAGAGCUAUUCUCGGCUUUAUAGUAUUUGUUCAAGAGUCGGGAUGCAUUUACAAGCAGAAAGCCACAAAAAGACUAGAGUAUUUCGCGUUUGGACUUCUCGUAAUGCAGGGUCCGAGUCUACUGAUCUGUUUCCUGAUAAAGCUGAAAAUAUUAGCAGGGAAAAUAACCUACCAAGUAAUGAUCUUGGCACACCGCAUGAUGCUAGUGGAUUGGCCCAGACCUUCAUCGAACACGGUCUUACAGUUUCUGAUGCUGAUUUUGCUACACCUGCAAGGUUAACUGAUUCUGAAACCAACUCAGGAGUUCUCCACGUUGCUACACCUGGAACGUUAACUGAUUCUGAAAACAAUUCGGGAGUUCUCGAUUGUUCGGCAUCUAAUUCCGAAAGAAGAAAUGUGCUUACGCGUCGUAACUUACAAGAAUCAUUCCAUGAGAAUGGUGAUAAGGUUGUUGAUGUUGCAAUGGGGUCCCCUGAUUUGGAUAUGUCAGAAAUGAACCAUCUCGUUCUAUCGAAUCCGGCUAAACCAAAAGUGCAUCAGCCUCAGCCGAUCACUGUUGAAAACGCUCGAAGAGAGCGGAGAAUACUUGAGCGCUUGAAUGAUCAGAAGUUUUUUUUGAGAGCUGAGCUACACAAAUGGCUUCGCAGUCUUGAGCAGGACAGGAGCUCCAAGGUGGAUAGGAAAACCGUUGACAGAAUUCUAAACAGGCUUCAACAAGAAGGGCUCUGCAAAUGCAUGAACCUUAGUGUCCCAAAUGUAACUAAUUGUGGUCGGAGUCGUAACUAUUUGGUAGUUUUGCAUCCAUCUGCUCAGACAUGGACUCCAGAUAUAGUUGGUGAAAUUCAUGAUAGGAUUAGGUCUUUUGAACUAGGACUCCGUGGCCAGAACUCAUCAAAGAGGAAAAGCAACGAGGCAAUUCCGAUAUUGAAUGACAUUCAGAGAGGUCAAACUAAUGUGGAUGUGGAUUCGCGAGCUAGCAAAUCAGGAGCCAUGCGAGCCAAUGGGUUUGUGCUUGCAAAGAUGGUUCGUGUGAAGCUGCUACACUGUUUCCUUUGGGACUAUUUUAGUUCUUUACCUGGCUGGGACAAUGCCUUCUCUUCUUCACAUGAUCGUAAAUUUGAGAAUUUAUUUGCACUUGAAGAUGCUUUUAGAGCCAUGCCACUCGAUUUAUUUUUACAAGUUGUUGGAUCUACUCAGAAAGCUGAUGACAUGAUGAAGAAAUGCAAAGAGGUUGUGCGUCUUUCUGAGCUUCCUACCGCAGAGUAUAAGCUUCUCAUGGAUACUUCUGCGACUGGUAGAUUAUCAAUGCUUAUUGAUAUUUUACGCCGGUUAAGGUUGAUUCAAAUGGUAAGUAAUAGACUCAGAAGCGAUGGCAUUGAGGAGAAGUAUGCCAAUUUAACGCAUGCAAUGGAGCUUAAGCCUUAUAUAGAGGAACCUGUGUUUGUUGCCGCUACACCCAAUCUCGUGUCUCUUGAUUUUCGUCCACGAAUUCGGCAUGACUUUAUUCUAUCAAAUAGAGAUGCUGUUGAUGAAUAUUGGCUAACUUUAGAAUAUUGCUAUGCUGUUGCCGAUCACAGCGCUGCUAAGCAAGCAUUUCCGGGAUCUGCUGUUCAAGAGGUUUUCCGUUUCCGCUCUUGGGCCUCAAGUAAUGUCAUGACAGCAGAACAGCGUGCUAAGCUCUUACAGCGUAUUGCAGCUGAUGAGAACGAAAAACUCUCAUUUAAAGAGUGUGAGAAGAUUGCUAAGGAUCUGAACCUGACCUUAGAGCAGGUAAUGCACGUCUAUCAUGUGAAGCAUGGACGACGCGUGAGACCAAAAUCAAAAGAUAAAACCUUCGCUGUAGAAAAUAGCCCUUCUUCAUCUUCUGGGAAAAGAAAAAGAGCAACUCCCAUAAAGACUUCAGGAGAAGAUGUCAGAUCCACCAGAGUAGAUGGACAGAGAGUUCUAAAUUCUGAUGCUAUUGAUGCCUCAAAUAGUGAGAAUUAUCUUAAGUCAUUACAAGAAGACCAAACCCCCAUUCCGAUGCACGAGGACAAUCAAAAGGAAACUGCAGACGUAAGGGAUCUUACUGAAGAUGAAGGCCAGUGUUCUUCCAUCAUCAACCGGUAUGCAAGUGCAAAGACCACAUCAACACCUUGUCAAAGAUUUUCGUGGACAGAUGAGGAUGACAGGAAAUUGUUGAGCCAAUAUGUUAGACACCGCGCAGCUCUUGGGGCAAAAUUUCAUGGAGUAAAUUGGGCCUCAAUUCGAGAACUACUGCCUGCACCUCAUUCAGCUUGCAAGCGACGGGUUCAAAUAUUGAUGAAGAAUGAUAAACUUCGGAAGGCGGUCAUGACACUUUGCAGUCUGCUCAGUGAGCGUUAUGCAAAACAUUUGGAGAUGAAACAGAAGUCUUUGCCCGAGAGCAACAGCCCACAUGUUUCUGUUAAAUAUUUAUCCCAGGCAAUUGGCGGAAUGGAUUCCGAUUGUGUUGAGCAUGGUAAAGAUAUUUCUUCUGAUGUAGAAAUAUGGGAUGACUUCAAUGAACCGAGUAUUAGUCAAGCCUUUAAUGAUGUUCUCGAGCUCAAGAAGAUGGCUAAACUGGUGGCCCGUAAACGAACAAGACCUGGCUCUCGGGAAUGGUCAAACAGAGAUAUUAUCGAUGAGGGGAAUGAAAUGGUUCCACCUGCAAUUCACUCGGAGGACAUUCAUAAUGUUUCUGUGGAUCAAGAUAAAGAUACAUCUCAGCGAUCUGGACAUUAUCGUCUUCAUCAAACUUUUAAGCCUUUAGAUGAAAAAGACGAUGGUAGUAAACAAGUACGGAAAUCUCUGGCAGUUUCGACUGCUGUAGAACUGUUAAAGCUUGUCUUUCUGAGCAUGCCUACUGCACCUGAUAUGCCAAAUUUGCUGGAAGAUACCUUACGACGAUAUUCAGAGAGAGACCUCUUCACCGCCUAUAGCUACCUCCGAGACAAAAAGUUCCUGGUUGGUGGAAGUGGUGGACAGCCAUUUGUCCUUUCUCAGAACUUCUUGCAUAGUAUCUCAAAGUCACCAUUCCCGGUUAAUACUGGGAAAAGAGCAGCCAAGUUCUCCAGUUGGCUUCUCGAACAUGAAAGAGACCUAAUGGCUGGGGGAGUCGCUCUUACUUCAGAUCUGCAAUGUGGCGAUGUUUUGAAUUUCUUCUCAUUGGUUUCUUCUGGUGAACUCGCUAUAUCUGUAUCCUUACCUGAGGAAGGUGUUGGAGAACCUGGAGAUCGAAGAGGUCUAAAACGUAGAGCUGAUGACAUAGAAGAAUCUGAAGCUGAUAGUGCUAAGAAAUUAAAGCUACUCGGCGAAGGUGAAAUCAACUUCCGAAAGGAAAAGGGUUUCCCUGGUAUAGCAGUAUCUGUUCGUCGUGUAAUCCUGCCAACAGCUAACGCAAUAGAGUUAUUUAAAGAUGAUGCCUCACGCACUGGUGAACUUCUCUUCAACCAGGGAGAAACAAGCAGUGGCUGUGAAUCUGAUGAUAUGAAGGAACUUUUAAACUCUACAGAUGCUACUGUCAUACCAGGCAGCCCUGGUGAUUCUCCCUGGCAAGCAAUGGCCAGUUAUGCUAGUUUUGUUACGGCCAAAUCUGCAGACGAGCAAGUGAGUUUAUUCAGCCCCGAGGUUUUCGAAACCGUUUCCAAUGCCCUUCAGAAGGCUGGUGACCAAGGUCUGAGCAUCGAAGAAGUCCAUCAUCUUAUUGACAUUCCAGACAAGGAAACUUGUGAUUGCGUUGUAGAUGUACUUCAGACAUUUGGGCUAGCUUUGAAGGUAAAUGGGUAUGACAUUGCCCGUGUUGUCCAUUCCUUCUACCGAUCAAAGUACUUUUUGACAUUGGAGGAGGGCAAAACUUCCGACAAAAAUGUUCAGCGGCCUUUACCAGUGAAUUACCUAGAGAGAGCUUUUGUGGAACAUAGGUCAAACGAAGUCUCUAGCAUCUGCAUAACUUCGCAGGACGAGCGAGAGCACGUUGCUGGGAACAGCGUUCACAAGGUUACGAUUCUUAACCUUCCUGAAAUGGCUCCAACAAGCGGUUUGCACGAAGCAUCUAUCAAAGCUCCAUCUGUUACUUUUGGAAUGGGUGAAAGAAAGGAAUCAGCUUCACCUGUGCCUAUAUAUCCAUGGGUAAACGCAGAUGGGUCCAUAAACAUAGCUGUCUUUGAUGGACUUGUUCGCCGUGUUCUUGGUACCGUGAUGCAAAAUCCCGGUAUUCCAGAGGACGAGAUCGUGAACCUAAUGGACGUACUAAAUCCUCAGAGCUGUAGAAAGCUUCUGGAGCUGAUGACACUGGACGGGUAUAUGAAGGUGAGGGAAUUGGUGCAAACCAAAUUCACCGGUCCUCCGUCUCUGUUAACCAGUCUUCUCUCAGCCGGUCCAAGAAAACCGGAGCUUAUCCGCCGCAAACACUUUUUUGCCAACUCUAAGGGACUUUGUGCCUUGUAA